GAGAAAUUGGUUUCAAGAAAAAUUGCGGUUGGUUGGCAGUAUAACUUUUAGUUGCGCCGAUACACUACAAAUCCCAUGGACACCACGUAUCCGGAAGCAAACAUUACGUCAAACAGCGUGAGGAAAACUCACAUGGUAGCAAACUGGAAAAGGAGAGGACGCCUAUAUUUUGAACAAAGGUUUCUGACGUACAAUAAGACUGGGGAAUCUGGAGGUGACCACAUGCUAUAAAAUGUCUUCAGCUAAAGUGAAGAUGCGGGAGAAGAAGAUGAGAAACCAGCCUGCCAGUGUUCAGUAUCCAUCUUCUCCCCAUAAUGUGGAGAGCAGCACACAGAACGGAGGAGACACUCCUGUCACCGGUGGACAUGGUGAUGAGGGUCCAUCCGACUUCCAUUCACAUACAGAAAGAUCAAAGAACCCUCGCCAUCGGAGCGGAUGGGUCCGUGGACACCAAAAAGAUGGUGGAGGCUACGCCAAGGAUAUGCCCAAGUACAUCACUGCUGGGGCUUUUGCCAGUGCCAGGGCAGCAGAGGUGAGGACCAUGCUGAAAGCUGUCACCAAGACAACAGGCAGCUGCCAUGUGUUUGGAGCCCUUCCCAAACACAUGAGGAGACGAGCCAUGAGCCACAACACCAAGCGGCUCCCUUGCAGAUUGAGAGAUGUGGCCAAUAGAAUGCGGGAGAAGAGCCUCCAGGCCGGCUCAAAGAAGAAGAAGGAACAGGCAAAGAGCAAGAGUCGCAAGGCCCGCCGCCGGCAUGGGAAUCUGCUUCUGGAGUUCAACCGUCGCCAGAGGAAGAACAUGUGGCUGGAAACGCAUAUUUGGCAUGCCAAACGCUUCCACAUGGUUAAAAAGUGGGGCUACUGCCUCGGGGAAAGACCUACAUACAAAUGCUACCGGCCUUGUUACAGGGCGAUGAGCAGCCACUGCCUGCUACAGGACCUUUCUUACCACUGCUGCAUAGAGCUACAGGGAGAGGAAGACAAGCUGUUGGCUUCUCUGUCACAGCUGACCAGCAAGGAGGCCGGUCCCACAUUUGCUGCAGCACUGUGUCUAUCGGGGCAGAGACAGGGCAGUGUGGUGGUGUACAGAGCAGGACAGUACCCCUCGCAGCCCCUGGGCCCUGUCACUUUCCUCUGGAGACCCCGUACACCGGGCUCAACCCACAGGCAGCUGUGGGUUUGGGCUCAUCCCACAAUCAAACAGGACCUUCUUCCUGAGUUACAAACUGUGUGCCAGUGUUGUGAGGCUGUACUUCCUCCAGCUGCCCCUGUGGCGACACCUGCUGAGGUUGUUCCUACCCUAGAACCAGAACCAAAGCCUGAGGCCAAGCAGAUAACUGGAACCAAGAGAAAGCGAGCGUUGAAGGAUGCCAGUGGACCUCCUGCCAAGAAAAUCCUGGGAGAUGGAACCAGAGCUCCCACCACCCCAGUUACUUGGAAGUCCAGUUCAAAUGGAAUAGUUAUAAAUGACCUCACAAUGGAGAUUGUGCGCUAUCGCCUGAUUGGACCACAGUCCCAUUCUGUUCUAGCAGAAACUAUGGAACCAGCAACAGACUGUGAUGAAAUGACUAAAUCCCAGCCCUCUUCUCUCUGGUGGCCUGAGCACUGCAAAAGCGAGAGCAAGAUGAAUGUGCAUCAACAACAGGCUGACGUCUUUAACAUACUGAAAGGCAUCUAUUCAACUGGAGAGCUCCCCCCAGGCACAGUGCUGGGUCUGACUGUAGAUGAUCCCAGGCUGACUUUACCAACAAAGAAGGUUAAAGCUUUACCCUGUGUAAAGCAGCCACAAGAGGUGGACGAGGAGAAGAGGAGGGAGCUGAUGUUGCGAGGAGUACCAGAACGAUGCUGUCAGAGUUACCUAUGGGAUCAGUCUGUCAGGGACAACGUCACUGAUAACCAGAUAUCAGUGCAGGAGUUGAACCGUAUGAAGAGCGAGGUGCUGGUGCCAGGCUCCAGGCUGAGCCCCACUCCCCUGCAGGGCAGAGUCCCUCUUCUGCUGGUUCACCAGCCUGGCAAGCAGGUGGGACAUGAGAUGAGCUGCUGGGGUGCUGGAUGGGACCUGCUGCUCCCUAAAGGAUGGGGGAUGGCCUUCUGGGUCCCACUGGUGUACAGAGGAGUCCGCAUCGGAGGGCUGAACAUGAGCCUGAAACACUCUCAGAAUAAAGGAGCCCCACACUUUCCUCAUGAUUACCCAGACUGCCCUGCAGGCGUUCGUUUCCAGGAGGAACAGGAGGCCGAGCUCCUGGGCAGGUUUAAAAGGCGUCCGCCCGCCAAAAGGACCAAUUACAUUACACAUGGCUGUCUGGCUCCAUUCUGUUGCCCGUGGCAACAGCUGGCUGAGGAGUGGGAGCUCAUCACGAGGAAAAGAGGAGAGGAGAAAAAAGGAGACCGCCAGUCCCAAACCACAACAGAGGCUGACACACUGAUGAAGGAGGAGAUGACAUCACAUGGAGAUAUCACUGUAACAAAGCCUCCGAGCCGCGUCACUGUGCUGAGGAACAGAAAGUCACUGAGGUUGCUCUCUGCUUGGUGCAAACCCACGACGUCCAAAGGUCAAAGGCCGUGUCGUGUUGGGCAGGUGCCACCUCUUGACAAUUCAGCUAUGACAUUGUUUCUCACAUCACAUGGGAUGAGUCUGGUGUGGGUGCGUCUGUUAACACUGUCCAAAGGCAACCCAGAGCUCCAUACCAUGGUGUGUGUGCCAACUGCAGAGGACCUGAAGCUUCUGAGCAAAAACCCCUGCAGCAGUGGCCCCCAGGAGCCCCCGCACAGAGACCACUUUAAAAGUAGAAUCAGACGCCGAAAGAAGGAGCUCAAGAAAGCUGCUGCAUCGGACCUUCCCUCUACCUCUGAACCAAACCCCACCACAUCUGAAGACCCCAAAUCAUCCCCCCAGUCCUCCUCUGACCUCAUCAUUGGGCUGUGGCCAGAUCCUCUGCCGAGUGUUACUUCUCACUGCACCCGGGUGACUCUAGGCUGGGUCACUCAGGGCGACUUCUCCCUGUCUGUCGGCUGCGGAGAGGCUCUGGGGUUCGUCAGUGUUGCCGGUCUCCUUAACACCCUUUCCAACCAGCCGACGGAACACAGAGGAAUACUGCUGCUGCGCAACCCCACAUCCCUGCACUACCGCUUUGCUAAAAUCAAUAUCGAAGUCUGACGGAAACAUCUGCCUAACUUUCAAAAAGCUCUGAAUUCUUGGGUAAUGAAGAAAGAUUCCUGUCGUCAAAGGGCCAGAAGUUAUAUGUAACGAGUUGCAUUAAGCUUCUUCGAGUGAUUCCUGUGCCUUGAUAGUCUAUAUUGGCUGCAGACUUAAUAGCAUGCAUGGGAUGUGACUACAGGCUACCUGACGGUGCUGAAACGAGAACACUUAGUUGUGUAUUUUAUUGUGGAAAGAGGCAUCCUUAUUAUUUCAAUUGAGAAUGGCUGGUUGUGUUUUCAUAUGUUUUCAUACCGAUGCCUUAGUAAGAGUGAUGCUCCAUGAAUAGAUCAGUUAAAAACAGAUUUCUUUUAUCAACUGCUAAUGACGCUGGGAGCAUUUUUGUUAGUGGCAUUCUAAUUUUUUUUUUUUUAAGUCAAAUGAAUGGGUUAAAAUUUGAGAAAACUGUCAGUUUGUUUUAAAAAUGCCACUGCAUUAAAAAGAGUUUGUUUGGACAUAAGCUAAUAAAAUACCCAUACUGCA